UCUGGGUGUGCCCGGGGUGGGAGAGGGGGAGGGGCAGCGGCGUUUGGGGCCCAAAACGGUUUUGGGAGCGUCCGGACGCCUGCGAGGUUCCCGCCAUGAGCUUCCUCCUGUUCGCGCUCACCGGGCUCCACGGCCUCGGCCUCCUCCUGCUCUUCAUCGCCACCCUGGGCAAGGCCUGGUGGGUGCUGCCGGACGGGGGGACCCUGAACCUUUGGUACGACUGCGAGUACCUGAACAGCACCCAUGGGUGGGCCUGCACCAGCACCGGGGACAGCCCCUGCCUGCGUGCCACACGGGGGCUCCUGCCCACGGCGCUGCUGCUCUCGGCCGCCUCCUUUGGGCUCUUCCUCUGGCAGCUCCGGGGGGGGCCCCGAGGGAGCUUCUUCACCCCUGCGGGGGGCACCCAACUGCUGGCAGCGCUGGCGGCGCUCUUGGGGGCGGGGCUUUACGCGGCGCGGGGAGGGCGCCCCCUGGCGGGCGCCUUCGGCUACUGCUUCGGCCUGGCCUGGGCGGCCGCGGCGCUGGCGCUGGGCAGCGGCUGCGCGUAUCUGCGCCUGCGCAAGGGGGCGUGACCGCGCCGGGACACGCCCCCCGCCGCCAAGCC